UGGUUGUUUGCAAGGGCGGCUUCAGAUAUCGGCGAGACGCUGUUGAGAAGAGUCAGUACUCCGUGGGUCCACUGAGGGUUCCAGUAGAAUAUCCGGAGGAUAAAUAAAUUCAUUUGCAAUAUCUGCGUUGCUUUGAUCUGCACCAUCUACUUCGUUUCGUCCUGUACUUGCUGUACAACUGAAAUACCAUGGAGAACGGCGGAGACAGCACAGCGAAGAUUAAGUAUUGUUCUCUCGGGGACGCCCCGGUGAAAGAAAUCGAAGACUUACUGACACAUGGGUUUGCGAAGGAUGCAAGCUUUCUGGUGCUGUGCCGGAACUGCGAGGGCGGCCAGCCGGAGGACCAUCGUCCCUGGGUGAAGGAGGUCAUCAGCACACACGACUGGAGAGUCUCGCGAGUGGCGGUGGACGCCGCCACGGGCGCGGUGGCCGGCGUCUGCCUGUGUGACAUAUUCACAGCUGACCAGCCGACCCGGUCUCUCGAACCCCUGAUGCAAUACGACACCGAGGCGUGCCGCCUCCUUACUAAUUACCUUCACCAGAUAGAGGGUGAUUACGAUGUGCUCAAGGCUCUGGGAGUAGACAAGGCUCUCUAUUUGAGUAUGGUGGCCGUGGACGAGAGGUAUCGCCGUCAGGGCAUAUCACUUGAACUCAGACGUCAGUGCCUUGAGCUGGGUCGUCAGCAAGGCUGCCAAGCUGUUGUCGACGUCGCUAUCUCACCGUUCACACGCAAGGCUCUCACCAAGCUCGGCUUUGAGCGGGUGAAGUUCGUGUCGUUCACCCAGUCAGUGCUCGCUGGUGUUGAGAAGGUCGACCUGUCGGGCUGUGGACCCGACGAUGGAGCCGCUCUGAUGGUUCGCCGGCUAUAAAAGUGACUUCAAGGGAGCUUUAGAGAUCAUCUGGAGUGAGAUACAUAGAUGCCUCUCGGGUCUAGCUUAUCGUACUAGUUAGUCGUAGCGGAAUGAAUGUAUUUUAGCUUUAAAUGUACUGGAUGCUACCGGAUACUGUAUUUGCGAGUUAAGGAAAUGUGAAACUGAGUUUUGAUGGGGCUCAAGAAAACGCGCGUCGAUGUUUCGAUUGUUGCUUUUUUCGCUUUCACAGCUUGUAAUUUUGCUAAUGAGAGCUAUUGAGCUAGGCAUUGAUGACUGUAUUUUCUGUUGAUGUUGCAGCUCGAUUGGAUGAGACGAGAGAUAUAGGCGGGAGCUUUCUAAGACCGAGUGUUACGGCCUUCAUUUCUUUUAAUUUCAGCUACAAUGGGCUCUUUAAGGAUGCCGUCUGUGAUGUCGAUGACAAUGCAGAAAUCGAGCCCUGUGCUGCAGAAUCGUGUGUGUUCAUUAUACAGGGUGACACAAAAAAAGCGGUCAUCACCAAAAUUCGAAUAACUUCGGAAGUUUUAUUCAGACCAUCACCAA